CUCGAAGUUCUUCACUUUCUUCCACUGCUCUAGCCUCUACUCUCGAGGAUACCUAGUGCUUGAAGAGUAAGUGCAGUCGUGUGGGAGUUGUGUGGUGGUGUGCCCUGGCCGCCUGGCAGGGCGCCUUCGAGAUUCAUAGUCGCAAUUGCAUCGUAGCGGGCUCCACCUUCGAAGUAGCCACUGAAUGUUGGAUUUGAAAGUAUCCAAGAAAAACCAACAAGGUAGAAUUCUCGUGCAACGGUUCACAUUGACGUCCUGGCCUCCUGGUGCUCAGAAGGUUGCCUUGAGCGAGCGGGAACAAUCCAGACCUAUUUACCAAGGGCGGCCUGACAUUUCUGGCCGCGCUCGCGUCAGCAUUUCUGUCUUACCAGCUGGUAAGAGCUACUUGCAGUUGGUAUAAGAAAAGGUUGUUUUCUUAAACGCAAGACAGAACAAAGGGGGCUUCUCUCAAUACUUUGUGUUUGCAGUAGGCAAGCUGCAGUGGUACAGACAGAGCAUAUAUAGUGUAGGCAAAGCUAUUCCAAGAAACAUCAUAGAAGAAGAUGGAUUGCUGAACAUCAAUUCCUUGAAAGCAUAUUGUCUAGGAGCUCAAACAACGUGGUUGGUGCACAGGGAUUUGUUUGGUAGCGUGAUUGCGUGGGGCGUACUUUUGAAGCGCUGGGGGCUGACCCCAAGACAUAACGCAAGCUUGCCCCCCUGCUGACCUGAGAGUAACAGUAAGUGCUUACACACCGGACAAACGCGCUUGCUGUUCCAACAUUCACGGGAGUGGACGGCUGGUGAGGUGGGUGGCAAGGGGAGGGGCGAUGCCGCUGUUGCGCACAGUCCAGGCACCCCUAUGCCACCUCCAUUGCUCUUUCUAGGGUGGCAAUUGCUUGUGUAGAGUAGACGACUUCAUGGAGAGCUCAAAAUCUGGAGCGGGUGACCCAACAUUGCGCAACGGAGACUCUGGCACUCCCCCGGCCCCUGCCCUGCCCCCGCGGUUGCAGGCCAAGGAUAACAGCCUCAGCCGGGCUGACUCCUUCCAGAGCAAAGAUGGAAGUUCGGGGGAGUCAAAAUCGAAAAGCCACAGCGAAGCAGAGCGACGACGAAGGGAAAGGAUAAACGCCCACCUGGGAACACUACGAAAUCUGCUGCCACACCCAACCAAGGCUGAUAAAGCGUCCCUGUUGGGCGAGGUGAUUGACCACGUGAAGGAGCUGCAGCGGCAGGCGGACGAAGUUGCGGGGGAGGGGGUGCCGUCCGGUGGGGACAAGGUUCUCGUGACGCUGGAUGAGCAAGAAGGGGCGCAGGUGCUGAAAGUGGCCAUGUCCUGCGAGGACCGGCCAGAGUUGCUCACUGAGGUUGUGAAAGCAAUACAGAGGUGUAAACUUCGGACGCUGCGAGCAGAGAUGACCACCCUUGGGGGGCGCGUCCGCCUCGACUUGCUCCUCGGCAGCGAAGAGGAGUCCAAGGAACAGAAGCUGCCGAAGGACGUCUGCAAGGCCGUCCGGGACGCGCUGACGGCUGUCAUAGAAAGGAACGCGUCGUUGUCGAACCCGAACUGGCCCGAGAGUAAACGGCAAAAGACGGGGAACGGACAAACAGUGACCGCCUCGUGAGCGGCUGCCUUUUGCUGGGAACAAGUUGAGUCAAGUCGAUAGGUAAGAUUUUUGGAAGAGGCGUCUAUUUAGAGGACCCCCAUUUAUCAGCUGCCCGCCUACCACAUGGGAGGUUAUUGGUCGUUCAAGGAGCGGGCUUGGUGAUUCAUUGCUGAGCUGUCCAGGCGUUUGUGGCGCUUUCCUAUGCUUAGGAGACGGAGGAACUAACCUCUACCGGCCACGAACUAGUGUUGCUGCCAGAAGGUGCCUGCGCAGCGCCACAAGAUUAAUUAGUCGCAGAUCAUACAGGGGUGUAGCCUGAAGUGCAACAACAAGUUGGUAGGAGAAGGGUCUGAAGCGUCACCAUUCCGGGCGCACUCUGCUUGGAAAGUUGACGUAAGUUGCAAAUUCUACAUGUCUAGCAAAUCAGGCUUUGGUUAGGAUCGUUCGUGAGGGCGACAGUUUGCGGCAGUCUGUGAGUUGCAGAAUACUCUCAAGAUAAUUGAUCAUGUUGAUUUCUUAGAGAGUGCGUACGUUGGGUUGAUUUCGUUAUUGUGUGGCCAAGCGUAAGUUUGGACGUAUUAACGCUACUUUUGCCAGCGGUGCAUGAACAACUUUGUUGACGAAUUUUCAGCUCG